AAUUUUGUAUAUUAAAAACAAAAUUCAAAGCAAUACUUAUCGGUUGGAGCAACAUUUUUAUUAUUCCACAAAGAAAGCGCGUGAAAGCUAUAAUAAACGUGAAAAUUAAAAAACGUCAAACGAAAAUUCACAAAACAAUUGUUUGGCUGUCCAAUUUACACGACAGCACUUUUUACACAGCGCGCGCUUCACUCUACAUACCACACCACCCUAUCGUUAAGCACAACAACGCGGCCAGCCAUUCGCCAAAAGUACGCACGCAACCGCCAAUAACCAUGCAAAUUUUAUGGCCUGUCAGUUUGCGUAAACAAACGCCGAAGUAAAAACACAGCAGCAACUAAUAAAGAAAAAAUAAAACCACGAAAACCUAGAAAAAUUUUUAAAUCCAAUUUUCUGACAACUAUAAACAAUACAAUAAUAAAGGUUACAAAUACAACCACACAACAACAGCAGCAAGAAAAAAUACAACAUAAGAUAAAAACCACAGCAAUCAUAAACAAAAAAAUUCCAUUCUUCAUUUGCGGCAUUUCCGUAAAAUGCCAAUAGCCACCAAAACCGCCACAAAGCAGUAUUCACAAUUGCAGCAACAACAACAAAAUCAUACCGCCAACACCAUGACCGCAUCUGAUGACAACAACUCAACAACAACGCAUGCGAGCAGCAACCACAGCACGAACACAACCACAGCAACAGCAACAGCAACAACAGCUAAUAAUCCACAUGCGCACGCCGCCACCGCCGCCGUCAAUCUCAACAACAGCAGCGCUGCCAAUUUUAGUGGCGGCAUCUUAUCGUUUCCGCCACUACAACCGCCACCACCUCCACCGCCCGCUUUAAGCAGCGGCAAUCUGAGCAUACUGAAUGGUAGCAUUGGCAUUGCCAGCGCUCAUGCUCAUCCGUCGUCGCACACGUACGGCCAUGCACCGAGCGCUGUCAUGACCAGUGCCACCGCUGCCGCUUUCGCCGCGCACGCCAACAUCAACGCUGCCAUGAGCAGCAGCAGCAGCACCGCCGCCAACAACUAUAAUAUGCCGACGUACGCUAAUAUAACAGUAAUACCCUCGAAUGUCGGCGCCGCCGUCUCCAACGUCCAGGCAGUAAAUGCUGCCAACGCCAAUGCGCCCAUCGCCGUUUUUAUGGGCAGCGGGCUGGCAGGUGGUGCAGCAACAGCAACGAGUGCUGGUAGAAGUGGUGGCGGUGCAAUUGGUGUGGGGGGCAAUACCAAUGACAACAACAACAAUAUGGAUAAUACAAGCGAAGAAUCGAAUGCAGUGACAAUUUACAGGUGCCGGGCCCCAAUAGCGUCACUUGACUGCAUGGAGGAGUUCAGUGGUACGGGAGGUCAUCUUGAUUUCGGCCGUUCGAUAAGUUUGGGCUCGAAUCCGGCACUACCGUUACGCCAUGGCUCCACGCCGACGCCCGGCUUGCGCUACAAGAAUCUUGGCAAGAGCGGCUUGCGCGUCUCCAACGUCGGUCUGGGUACGUGGCCGGUCUUUUCGCCCGGCGUUAGUGACGAACAAGCCGAAGCCAUAUUGCGUUUGGCCAUCGAGAGUGGCAUCAAUUUGUUUGAUAUCUCUGAGGCGCAUUCAGAGACGGAAAUUGGAAAGAUUUUGCAGCGCACCGGCUGGAAGAGGACCGCAUAUGUGAUUACCACAAAAGUUUACUGGAGCACCAAAUCCGAAGAACGUGGCCUUUCACGCAAGCACAUUAUCGAAUGUGUUAAGGCGAGUUUGCAACGUUUGCAAUUACAAUAUAUAGACAUUGUGAUUAUACAUAAGGCUGACGCAAUGUGUCCCAUGGAAGAAGUGGUACGUGCCAUGAAUUAUGUCAUUCAGCAAGGUUGGGCAAUGUAUUGGGGCACAGCACGUUGGUCGCAAGUCGAAAUUAUGGAAGCCUACACAAACUGCCGUCAGUUCAACUGUAUUACGCCCAUUGUCGAGCAAUCCGAGUAUCACAUGUUUUGCCGCGAGAAAUGUGAACUGUAUUUACCCGAAAUGUAUAAUAAGAUUGGUGUGGGCCUAAUGGCUUGGGGACCGCUAUCGAUGGCAUUGGCCGAUACGCAAAAUGGGGAGAAACUCUUCUUGCCAAAGGGAUCAUUCAAGACGAAGAGCCAAAGUUAUUCAUGGACCGAGGAUGAAAUAAACCGAAACGCGGCCUUAUCACCACAAGGCAGCUGGGGUAAAGAUCGCGUUGACGAAGGACGUCGGCAUUGUGAUCGUUUGCGCGAUUUAGCAGCGCUGGCCGAAAAAUUGGGUUGCAGUCCAACACAGCUCUCCAUUGCUUGGUCGUUGAAACAUGAGCCGGUGCAGUGUUUGCUUUUGGGCGCAACUUCGGCCGAACAAUUGCAUCAGAGUUUGCAAUCCUUGCAGCUACUGCCACGCCUCUCAACCAGUGUUAUGAUGGAGUUAGAGCGCAUAUUAGAGAAUAAACCGGUGCGGCCGCCAAUGAUAUCGACACUUGCACUUCGGUGACAAUCAGCCUGCCCUCAGGGGCCACCUAGCCUCAGUGGCGGUGGCCCUUGCGGGGCAGAGUCACCGAAAAAUGAGGAGGAGGCGUUCUGUGAGGAGGCGGAUGCGAAGGAUGCGUCGAAGCAGGGUUUCUGUGUUAUUCAGUGA